AUGCAUCAGCCACCUGAUCCGCCGCGCUCGGCAGCUGCCUCCUGCCUUUGUGUGCGGGCCGCCGCCCGGCUCCGCGCAGCGCCCGGCAUGCAGCCCUCCGGGCCGGCCGCCGCCGAGCUGGACGCCUCGCUGGAGCAGUACCUGCGGGUCCGCAUCUUCAAAAUCAUCGUCAUCGGCGACUCCAACGUGGGCAAAACCUGCCUGACCUUCCGCUUCUGCGGGGGCGACUUCCCCGCCAGCACCGAGGCCACCAUCGGCGUGGACUUCAGGGAGAAGACGGUGGAGAUCGAGGGAGAGAAAAUCAAGGUGCAGGUCUGGGACACAGCUGGCCAGGAGCGGUUCCGGAAGAGCAUGGUAGAACACUAUUACCGCAAUGUGCAUGCCGUCAUCUUUGUCUAUGAUGUCACUAAGAUGGCUUCCUUCACCAAUCUUAAGAUGUGGAUUGAGGAAUGCAAUGGGCAUGCUGUGCCCCCUUUCGUCCCCAAGGUGCUUGUUGGGAACAAGUGUGACUUACGAGAACAAAUUCAGGUGCCAUCCAGCGUGGCCCUGAAAUUCGCUGAUGCUCACAACAUGCUUUUGUUUGAAACGUCAGCCAAGGACCCCAAAGAGAGUCAGAAUGUGGAGUCGAUUUUCAUGUGCCUGGCCUGCAGGUUGAAGGCCCAGAAGUCCCUGCUCUAUCGGGAUAUGGAGAGGCAGCAGGGAAAAGUGCAGAAACUGGAGUUCACACAAGAUGCUAACAAUAAAAAUUCCUGCCCCUGCUGAACAGAGGCUGUGCAUUCUAGGUUAAUAUUGUGGGGGGAGGGUUUUGUGCCUG